AGGGUGGAGGUCAGGCCAGGGGGUGCAGCGCUCCUCAGCACCCUAAUGUAGAGCGCACUGUGCCAUCCAUCUUCCUCCCCCAUGGAAAUAACUGAAGUAGCUGCGAUCUGCCAGGGGUACUUUCACUGUGGCUGUCCAGUGUGUGCUGGACACUCUGUUACAGUGAGACCCUGUUAUCUCACUGGCCUGACACUCUGCUUUCUAUUCUGUUCUAAUUCAUCAGUACAUUGCCUGUUUUCUGCUUCUUACUGCCUUUUGUAAGGUGUCUCCAAAUGGGACAUCCGGGAGAAGAUCUGGGAUUAUAUGGAAGCAAAUAACCUGGCAGAUUUCCCAAGACCAGUGCAUCACCGGAUCCCCAAUUUCAAGGGUGCGUCGCAGGCCGCAACAGGGCUCCCCGAUUUACAGGCGUUCAAAACUGCCAAGACCAUUAAAGUAAACCCUGAUGCUCCCCAGAGGACUGCUCGCUUUCUCACGCUGGAAGCAAGGAAAACUUUGCUGGUUCCAACACCGCGACUGAGAACUGGGCUGUUUAAUAAAAUUGUCCCACCACCAGGAGCAACUAAAGAGAUCUUGAGAAUAUGUUCAACUUCUCAAGGGGUAAAGGAUUACAGUGUGCCUAUAGGUCUGGAUGCAAAAGUCCAAGUGGACCUGGUUGUUGUAGGAUCGGUGGCUGUUUCUGAAAAAGGUUGGAGAAUUGGGAAAGGGGAAGGCUUUGCCGAUAUGGAAUAUGCAAUGAUGGUGUCAAUGGGAGCAGUCCAAGAGGCCACACCGGUGGUUACUGUUGUGCAUGACUGUCAGGUGGUUGACAUAGCAGAAGACCUGCUUGAUGACCAUGAUUUAACUGUGGAUUACAUCCUUACCCCAACGAGGACUAUUAAAACAGGCUGUAAACGACCAAAACCACAAGGAAUAAUGUGGCAUAAGAUUAGCUACGAAAUGCUGGGAAAAAUCCCCAUCCUAAAGAAUCUUCGCUACAGGGAGAGACAGGCAGGCAAUGAUGUUACCCUGAAAGACGAACAUCCAGACUUUCCAAACGCCAGGAAACCAGCGGACUCGGAGGAAAACGCAAAGACUGGAAAUAUAAAACUGCCAGCUGAGUCCGCCGCUGCCCAAAUUGGACAUUGUCAUGUUGGAAAUGAUCCUUUAAGCACCAAAUCAGACCCACAUGGUGCACCCGCCACUGUCUAUGUAGGUAAUCUACCUCCAGGCACACGAGUGAGUGAGUUAAAAAGUGCUUUAAAAGAAUUCCAGGCAGUCCCCUUGCGGCUCACUUGGCAGGGAGCACAGCACAGGGCUUUUCUUGAUUACCCGAAUAAAAUGACUGCUGAGAAUGUCCUAUCCUCUUUGAAAGGCUUAAGCCUCAGGGGUCAUACUUUGCGAGUUGAGAUGGCCAAGAACCAGAGACGCAAAGGGCAAGUUGCAAUCAAUGGACAGAGAAACAAAUAUGAAUAGAAACAAGAGGCCUAUCUCCAUUGCUCUGCAAGAAUCCAACCUCCUUUUUUAGGAUCUCCACGCAGCCUUUAAUUUUGUGCCAAGGAGCAGAUUUUGAAAGCCAGUGGAAGUGGCAGCGGGGGGCUGGCCCCUUUGCACGAAGCUGCUGACGCCCAGCUUGCAUUGGUUAGAAGCUGGUAGCCCACGGGACUGGAGCAGCCUCCGCCCGCAACAUGGGGCCCACUCCAGACCAGCCGUGGCAGGUUGGAAGGCCCUCCCUUUCCCCCUCCCCCGCCGCCCACCUCCGCCCUGCCUCCGUUUAGUCACUCGACCAAUUAAACUUAAUGUUUAACUGAUUUACUAACUAUAUGGUAUUUUACAUCAGUAGUUUCUACAAAUGUUCAUGCAAAUCAAGUAUUUGCAUAUGCAGAUGAAAAAUUGGAUCUUUCUUUCUCACACCAUUACUCGAUUGAUGUGUUCAGUUGUCGGUAGCUGUGGAGCACUAGAUGUGUGUGUCUAUGUGUAUAUAAUGUCACACCCAUUCAUUUGCAAACACGAAUGUGUUGUUUGAAACGCUACUCGAAAGUAUCUGUGUGCCCACAAUUCUAGCCAGAAGCCUAUAUUCUGUCAUUGGUGCUGGCAUUGAAUUGCACCUGUGCACACACCUUUGGAAGUGAGCUUUUGAAAAUGUAGUCUGUGGGAUGCAACACUUACCAGACAGGACCAGAUCCUGUGAGAUGCUAAGGAGAGUUGGCUAGGAAAAUUCUCCUCACCCCUCGAAACUGAAAUUAUUCCACUUUUUAAAGAAUAUCUACAUUAUAUAAAUGUUUGGGUUUUUGUGGUUUGCAACAUAAUUUGGUGACCAACGGAGGGGAAAAAUUACAGAAUUUUUGGUUGAAAAGCAAUUUUUCAAUGUCAUUUGGUGGCUUAUGAUUUGGAGAGAGGAGGUGUUUGUUUUGUUUUGUUUUAAUUUUUAACCCUACAUCAUGUGGAACAUCCUCAGUACCUGUUCACUUCAGCUGAAACUGACAGGUCUCUUAAGUCUCUCUAAAUGUUGUGAAUUUUAUUCCUGGCUGGAAGAUAAAACAAAUAUCAGUUUUCUUUCUGACUCUUUGAGGUGCCUUUUUCACAGUUAGAAUGUCAUAGAAUUAUUUUCAAGAUUGUGAGCCCAAUUCUCUUCUGCUGGUGUAAAUCAAGCACAACUCUAUUGAUCUGAGUAGAGGUAUGUUACUGUAAAACUGAUGUAAGGGAAAGAAGAUUCAGGGACUCUGCUGGUGGCAACUGGUUAGGCAUAAAGUUAUUUGAAAAGUUACUAAGGCAUCAGCACUGUCUGUUCAUUCUGUGCCUUCUUAUUACCAAUACAGCACUGCACUCUUCCUUUGACCCAUGAUGCCAGAUACUGAUACGGGUUUGAGUACAGAGUGCUACAGGAAAAUUUAUUGACAGGGAGGUGCCAGCUUCUAUGUGCAUACACACAUGUAUUUACAGAAUAAAAGAGAAUGGAGAUUUA